GAGCCCUACGGACAGAAGCCAGUUGGGCGGAGCAAGGGUCUCUCAUCCCGCCUUUCUCUCUCUAGAAAGAUCCGCAUCUUUUUCCGCAGGAGAUGGGGUUUCUGAGAAGGAUCGCGGGCAUUCUAGGGUUUACUAAAGAUGAACCUCACGAAACCAGGGACGUAGACGAUGAAAACGAUGUCGUUCGCGAUCGCACUAGCAGAGAGGAAGUGGAAGUUGAGGAUACUCGCCUUCCUCGUAAAGGCUUCAGCGUCCCCGCCCAGGUCGUCAUCGAAAGAGGCCCUCUUCUCGUCCCCUGCACAUCUGGAGAGGGUGGAGUCCAGGGAUUAAAAUGGUAUGCAAAGCGUCUGAGAGUAGAUGAAGAUGGGGAUGUGGCAGAUGAGUUCAUCGAUGAAGUCUCACCAGACACAUCAUCUAGUGCAGAAGAUCAUCGCAGGCCAUUACCAAGGUUUCAAGUGAAUUACCGGAACCGAGCAGCCAAAGUGAGGAACCAGAAAAUGUCCCUUGAUGGGAAAAUCCAACAGGGACUAGAAUUUCAAGGUAGAUUGAUGUGGGUAUGACGGACCUUUCUGAAGAAAGUAAUCUUUUAGUUUAUAGCAUACGUAUGUUAUGAGCUUUUAUUCUUUUGAGAUUGACGUGUGCUCUCUCCUUGUGGUAUCAAUUAUACAAUCAUGUACACCCCAUUCUACCAAUCUCGGCCAUAUGAGGGUUCUUUUAAAUGGGCCUUCAAGGAUCUAGUUUGUUUGUCUGUUAGAAGACAUGAACAUCCCUGAGCUGGGGCCUGUAGAAAAUUGUUGAGAUACUAAGAGAGAAAUGUAUACAUUUAACUUUGGGUCAGUCUAUAUCAUUCUAGUGCCAUUAAGUUA